GUAAUAUCGUAUAUAUUCUCAAUAUUAACAUAAAAAGUUAAUGACACUACAACUGGAAACAUAAUAUUAUUUACUUAAAUAAACGUCAUAAAAUGCCUAUCAAAUUCCGUAAUUUAAAAUUGAACAUUAAUAAGAAUUAUUUAUCACCCAUUUCUAAAUAGCUACAUCGAAGACAGACUGUACUCUAUUGCUCUAUAUUAUGUAUGAAAAAGCUCUUACGCAUAUUGCGUACUUACAUCUAACAUUUAUUUAUAGUAAUUUACAAAUUUGUCAUACCUACCGGAGUAAAGAAUAAACUCCAACGAUCGCUCACUCUCGUCUCCAUGGUAAUAAAAAGUAAAACAUAUCCAUAACCUGGGCCCUGAGCAAUGAAAUUGUGCGACUAGAACUACAGUCCUCAGUAUCGUUCUUUGCAGUUCUUUGUCGUGUUUUAAAAACACGAAAACAAUGUCUGCAGAAAAUCGUGAGGAGUCUAUGCGAGAAACUGCAUUACGGCUCGCAGUAGAAGAAGAAAAUAGACGAAAGACUGAUCCAAAUGAAACUCACGAACGAUCCAUUAUUAUCCUUGGCAGCAAGGGAGUCGGUAAGACAACAAUGAUAUAUCGAUUUCUUGAAAAAGAUGAAAGACCAAAACCUACGAUAGCGAUGGAUUAUUCGUUUGGUCGUAAAACUGUAAAAAGUUUAGUGAAAAACAUAGUGCACGUGUGGGAAGUGGGUUACCUGGCUUCUUCUUUGGUGUCUGUUGCGAUGACGGGAUCCACAUUAACACAUUCUCCUCAUCACACUGUAUUAUUAAUAAUGCUAGAUUUAUCGCGACCAGAGGAAUUGUGGUCUUCCUUCGAGGAGGCUCUUUCCGUAAUACGAAAUGGUUUAAAAAUGAGUUAUGACUCUGAUACGAUUCAAGAAUUACAAGAUAAGAGAGCAGCAGAUAGAAAGAAAGAAUUGGAACGUGGGGUUGACCCGUUUUUGAUGAAGAUGUGCAUCAUAGGUGGACGAUAUGAUGAAUUUAAGGAAUUUGAUUCGAAUAAAAAGGAAUUUAUUGGAAAGAUACUUAGAGCGAUAGCUCAUAAUCUGGGUGCGAGCCUUUAUUAUUAUUCUUCUAAGGAUAAAUUUCUCAUACGACGACUUAAAGAUCUACUAUCGCAUUAUGGAUUUGGUUCUCCACUUAUAGAGGAUAAGUGCACUGAUUAUGAGAAACCGUUAAUGAUGCCGGCAGGCAUGGAUUCCUUUGGACGAAUCGAUUUGCAAUUCCCCCAAACGAGACCAUCGGCAAUUUUAGACACUAUCAAACAAAUCUACGUAUCACGUAUACCGCAAGUGUCGAAGAGCGAUGAAAGUACUUUGGAGGAUCCCAGUAACGACCCUAACUUUAACGAGCCUAUUAUCGAUAGAUUGAGAAUGCAGCGAGAAGAGGAGAUCAGCGUACUAUUGAGUGAUAUGAUGGAAGGCCGUAUGCCGAAAAUUCCUGUGCCCGAUCCAAUUUAGGGAAAUAAAAUCUGAAAAAGUUUCAAAAGGAGUAUAGAGAGAUAUAUGUUCUAUAUAAAAAAUAUUUUUAAAUAUUAUUAAAAAUGUUACUAAAGUUAAAUGAAAAAAAAUGUAAGGCAUAGAAGAUCAUUGUAUAAAAUUUACAACAUUAAAGAAUUAUGUGACGUGUUAUGAAGAAUUAUUUUACAAAGCAAUUAUUUUUAACACAUUGUUUUUAAAACAUCUUUAAUAUUUUAUGUAAUAACAAAAACUUUACUUAGAAAUGAAAUUCAAAAAAUUGUGUUCUUUUAAAUUAAAAAGAGAAAAUUAAGAAAUAUUUUGUACAGGGUUGAAACUUCUUUCCUCUUGGAUAUGUACAUGCCAAAUUAUCAUAUAUUUCAUUAAUAACUGCAUAUAUCAUUUGUUUGACUUUUUAAAUAAUAUAUAUUUACUUUAAAGUAUCUUUGAAACAAUUAAAUUUUUAUAUUUAAUAGAGAAUUUCGACUAAUAUAUGAAGUCACAAUACAAACAAUCAAAAUGUCUAAUCGGUCAUAACAUAGAUCUUAGUGCUUCGUGAACUUGAAAGGGUAUAUAUAAAAUUACAUAAUAAACAUUAGCACAAGAUUUAACUAUGACUGAUAAGACAUUUUGAUUAAUUAUAUUUUCUUUGUUUUUACUUAACAGUUUUAUCAUUAAAAUGGAAAUAUUGCAUUAAUUUAAAUUAUAAUUUUGUUGCAUAAAUAAGUUUGUUAUUUCAGUAGUAAAAAACUAUUUCUAUUAUUUUAUUUAUAAUUAAAAAAUUUCCUUUAAAUUUUUAUAUUUAAUAGAGAAUUUGUGAAAAACAUUCAAACAAAAUAUAUUAGGGAACUAUAAGUAACAAUAUACACUGUUGCAAAGGAGAGGCGAGUAAGCGGAAUUGAUCUGUGAAUGAUGGUUACAAUCAAUUUAACUCUAAAAAAGCUCAGAAAUACUCAAUGAUUGGUCAAUUCGAUAAUAUUUUUUGUUCCGAGUGAUCAAUUAAACUCUUCGAAGCGUUUGUAACGUCUGGUGAAUUGCAGUCCAAAUCAAAUAAUAUUUCUAAAAAUAUUUUUAAAACAUUUUGAAGAACAUUUUUAAAAACACUAAAAAUAAGUAAUAAAAAGGACUUAUUUUUAAUAACUGUUUUUCCAAAAACAGUUUUUAAAUGUCUUAAACAUGUUUUUAAAAUAUUGUUUACUACUUGAGUUAGUUUGAAGACAAAAUGUUUUAUACAUCGAUCUUUAUAGAUAUUAUAUGUAUUUUCAAUUCUUUCGAUGCAAUGACAAAGAAUAAUCUAUGAUUGAAAUUUAUUGACGUAGGAAAAGUUAUAAGCAUUUUGUAAUACGAGUUUCAGUCUGUAAAAAUAUUCGCAUCGAGAAGAUAAAUGUAAACUCGACGUUUACUUAUAUUAUAAUAUAAAAAGUAAACGUAUGUCUUAGUGAAUAAAUUUUAUAAAUAUAAUAAAAAGAAAUACAAAUACUAUAUAUAUAUCUCAAGAAAAAUCGACAAAUGGAAAAUAUAAAUGAAAAAAAGAACAAAAUGUAUGAUGUAAUGGAAGUGAUCGCGCGCUAUCGUGUGUAAAAGGUUUAUUAAUAGUCAAUCGUAAUAGAAGAGAGACAAUAAAGACAUAAGAGCUGUGAAUUAUCGAUAGAAUAAGAGCUGUAUAAGUAUCUGUUCAGAGUCAAUAUUACGUAUUAUAUGUAAGUCGAUGGUCAAAAUAAAAUAAACUUUUCAACUCUGGCCCUUGACGCAAACAUUGCUACCACAUUGUGUAGUUGAUAUGCGUGCGCCGCAAAUUAAAAAAAUCACACAAAUAAAUUUCAGCAUUAGAAUGAACUAUGACUGUUAAAGACAUUUUGUUUAUAUUGUGUUUUCACAUUAUUGGUCGAAUAAGUUUACUUUAAAGUUAUAUUGUUUUAAAGUUAUAUUGUACGCUAAACAAUUAUAAUAAAAAUACUAAAUACAGA